ACACGGGGGUGACGCCUCCCCCUCGCAGCAGCGAGGACGAUGGUGAAGGAGACGGGUUACUACGACUUGCUCGGCGUGCGGCCGGGCGCCAGCCUGGAUGAGAUCAAGCGGGCAUACCGACGCCUGGCACUGCGCUACCACCCCGAUAAGAACCCCAGCGAGGGCGAGAGGUUCAAGCAGAUCUCACAGGCCUACGAGGUGCUGUCAGAUGCCCACAAACGGGCUCUGUACGACCGAGGAGGGGAAAGGGCCAUGAAGGAGGGUGGCCUGGGCAACAGGAGCAGCCCCGGCUUCGGUUCCCCUAUGGACAUUUUCGAUCUGUUCUUUGGAGGUGGUGUGAGGAUGCGUGGCCGGGCGGACCGGCGAGGCAAGACGGUGGUACAUCAGCUCUCCGUGUCGCUGGAGGACCUCUACAACGGCACCACACGCAAGCUGUCCCUGCAGAAGAACAUCAUCUGCAGGAAAUGCGGAGGCUGCGGGGUGCGGGAGGGCGCACAGCGGCGGUGCCCCAAGUGCCACGGCUCGGGCAUGGAGGUGCGUAUCCACCAGCUGGGGCCCGGCGUGAUCCAGCAGAUCCAGACGGUGUGCUCCCAGUGCCAGGGCCAGGGCGAGUGGAUCCGGCCCCGCGACUGCUGUCUCACCUGCAAUGGCCGCAAGGUCGUGCGGGAGAAAAAAAUCCUCAGCGUCCACCUGGAUAAAGGUAUGAAGGAUGGGCAGAAGAUCACCUUCCACGAGGAAGGUGACCAAGUGCCUGGCCUGGAGCCUGGGGACAUCAUCAUUGUCCUGGACCAGAAGGAGCAUCCCGUGUUCAGGCGGAGCGGUGAUGAUCUGAUUGUCAGGCGGGAGAUCAGCCUGGCAGAUGCGCUGUGUGGCUGCAGGCAGGUCAUCCGCACGCUGGACAACAGGACCCUGCUUGUCGCCUCGCAGCCAGGUGAUGUCAUCCGACCUGGGGACCUGAAGUGCAUCCCCAACGAGGGGAUGCCCGUCUACAGGAGCCCCUUCCAGAAAGGAAAACUCAUCCUCAAGUUCGAGGUGAAGUUCCCCGAGCCUGGCUGGCUGCCCACCGAACGCCUGCGCCAGCUCCAGGCCUUCUUCCCACCCCAGGAGGAGGUGAUGGCCACUGAGGACACAGAGGAGGUGGAACUCAGUGACUACACGUCCCAUGGCAGUACAGGCCGGCGGCCGCAUGGCGAAGCAUACCACGAGGAUGACUUCGAGGAUGGCACCCGUCAGCACGUGCAGUGCCAGACCUCAUAGCCGAGGCUGUUGGGGGCUCGUCCCAUGCAGGGGCAGGGGGCAGCGUGGUGGGGAAGGGGCUCGGAGAGCCGUUGACCUUCAGGGAUGUACAUAGGUCACCUUUCCCACAGCACUCGCCCUUCUUUUGGAGUCAUCCCCUCUCCCUGCACCAGGACAGCGCAGCCCUGGACUGAUGCUGAGCGGGGGCCAUGCUGCCUUGCCUCAGUUUCCCUAUCUACAGUGUGGGGCCAGGAGCAUUGUGCCCAGCAUCGGGCAGCUCUGAGCAUUCCACACCAAGGAGAUGGGUGGGGAAGGCUCCAGAUCUGCUGCCCUCCACCUGCUCUGCCCUGCGCAGGGCUGAGGACCCCCACCCUGCAGCCCCCACCCCAUGGGGUGAUGCUGCCGCCGGUUCACUUGCUUUGCCCAUUUCUUUCCUGCUGGAGCCUGGGUCUGGCCUGGGGAGUGGAGGGGGUUUUUCUCU